GUGAGAGCGCUUAAAGUUAAAUUUCACCGGCUAACUUCUUUUUUUUGUUACAGAAACGCAAAAUGCUGAAACAGAAGAUCCGCAAGAAACGGUGACGAAUGUUGCCAUGUGCAAAAUAAAAUACUCCGCAAAAGUACUCGUUAGUCUAAAGUGGGUUUAAAACGUGUAGAAGUGACCAACGAACUUUUUGGACAACGAAGUGUGAUAACUGAAACUAUAAAAAAACUGUGUAGGUAGUGUUUAUAAGUGACAGACAGGAAAUUUUUGUGUGUCAAAUAGUGCUGAAAACAGUGCUUAACAUAUAAAGAAAAAAAACAUUGUGUAGUGUCACCGAUUAUGUGUUAAGUGUCUUUGGAUUUGAGUGUACGCAAUGGAUCUUCACCCGCCACCCCUGAUUGUUCAUGGAUAUGAGCCCCAUGCUCCCCUCUUAGAGGUUGAGGGUCUGGACCCUCAUAGUCCUCAGCAGAAGGUGCUUAUCCAUGCGCCGACGCUGCAGAGCCAGGAUUUGAUGGGUGACCAUAGGAAUGGAGAGUACGACUUUUCAGAUGAGCAGUACCACGCGCACAGCAGCAACCAGAGCGGAGACGGUCACGGCGGAGUAAAUCAACUAGGCGGCGUAUUCGUCAACGGCCGACCUCUACCCGACGUCGUCCGGCAAAGGAUAGUCGAGCUAGCCCACAGCGGCGUACGGCCCUGCGACAUCAGUAGGCAACUGAGAGUGUCGCAUGGCUGUGUGUCGAAGAUACUAUCUAGGUACUACGAAACCGGCAGCUUCAAAGCCGGCGUGAUCGGUGGCUCGAAGCCCAAAGUCGCCACGCCGCCCGUCGUCGACGCCAUCGCGGCGUACAAGAGAGAAAACCCGACCAUGUUCGCGUGGGAGAUAAGGGACCGGCUGCUGAGUGAAGGGAUCUGCAGUCAGGACAAUGUGCCGUCUGUUUCUAGUAUCAAUAGGAUCGUCCGCAACAAGGCAGCAGAAAAAGCGAAGCACGCGCAUAAUCAGCAGCAGCAGCAGGAACAAGAAAUCUCCUCGGCGCAGGGCAGCGUAGUAUCUGUAAUAACCCAUUCGGGCAACGCGGGCACGACAGCCGUCCUAUCUCCCACGACGGAACAGCAUGUGCCCAACACUGGCAGUUAUAGCAUCAACGGUAUACUUGGCAUCGAGCAAGUCGAGGGUCUGCAUAACGGCAACGGGCUGAAGAGAAAGCGGCAUGAAGACCAAGAUGAAAACCGAGACUUCAACAGUCAUUCGGAGGACGACGUGAAGCGGCAAAGGAGUCAUUAUAACGGCGAUCAAAUAUAUUCUAAUCUCUGGUCAUCAUCGAAAUGGAGUCUCAAAGACGAAUAUAAGCUGCUGUCAGAGCUCGGCGGCGCGGCGGGCGGAGCGACGGGUUACUACGGCGAGUUGUUCGACACGCCGUACGAACACGCCGCACAUCCACAUUAUACUCCACAUUCAGCUACAAACGACUCAACGGGUUCGAACGGCGGCGCCGGUGGCGAACCCCCGUCGGCGGCGGCGAGCCCCGACGCGGCGGCGCUAGUAGUCCUUCAACCGCCGGCACCGCCUUAUCCACCGUACGCGCACUAUGACGGCGCGACGACACUGGCGAGCGAGUACGCGUACGCGGCGCCGUACUCGCAAUACUCGCCGUACCCCGCCCCGUACUCGCACACCACCGGCCUGCUCACCAAGUGAUAUCAACGUACGCCGUGCGAGCAAUAGCGGUGGGCAAGUGAUAACAGACACUGAUAACGUGUAUAAAACAAUUCUCAACAUGUCAAUAUCUGUCAAUCUGUCAAUGUGUAGCAGUGUUAAU